AUGCCCGCAGAGACCAGAAGUAAAAGUCGUACAGUCGCGUCAGCGCCGGCCGCUCCUCCACCCAAGUCGCUCCGGCCGGUAUUGCGUCGCAAGGUAGCAGCGUCGACGCCCUCCCCGACCCAGGGUUCUAAACGCCGGAUGCCUCGUACAGCAGCAACUUUGGGGCAAUCGAACCCUACAUUUCGGGCUUCUGACAACCGCAUUCCGCCACAUCCUCCCUCUGAAUCCAUUUCUACGACGGGACGUCUAACACCUCAGACCGAUGCGACUAUUGAACAAUCGGAUGUCGCUCCUCCUUCUCACGACAACCGCAUUGAAAUUGACCCUCCUGCUGAUUCUCGCCUUAUGACGGAACUUGUCGGACGCGACCCUCAGCUUCCGGUUUUAUAUGAACUUAAAUCACAUCCUAAAGUCGACGACCCCAACGCCCGGAUCAUCCUGGGCAUUGCAGAUUGGUCAAUGGACGCGAUGAGGCGUAGAUUUCAUUACUCCGCUAAUUUGAAGUUUUUCUAUUUUUCAGGAAUGCUAUACAUAAAACCAAGCGACAACAUUUUUUAUUUAGAACGCGAUAGAUACGGUUCGGGGCUUCCUGGAGACGAUGUACUUAAAUCCUGGACACUGAGCAAACAUGAGCGAGAUCCAAUAGACCUUCAAGAAUGCCGCAGACUUCAGGAAGAAAUCUUGGGGCCUCAAGAACUUAUGUCUUCGCAGAAACCCGUUAAGGACACAAACGGAGAGUACUCGGGGGGUAUUCAGUUUGAACGAAGCGAUCGCGCAGUUAAUAUCAAGUCCGGUCCUCGAUGCUACACCCUUGGAUCAACCCUACAGGCACAGAAAUCCCUCAGCGCUCCAGGAGUUCAGAGCAAAGUGUAUACUCAGGCCAGGGAUUAUGAUCUGCAAAUGCGGUUCAAUAUACUUCAAGCUGGGGCAAAAGCUGGUAUUGAAGGAGUUAAGAAAGCAUCCAAGCAUUUGUUCCAGCGCCUGAAGCGUCAAGCCGAGGUGGCCUCGCUAGCGCCAGUAGGAUAUGAUGAUAAUUGCGUCUGGCCGUCUUGGCAACUGAAUGUAGCUCCUGGAGUUCCACAGCAUGAUGUUGCCUUGGAAUCCUCGCUCGGAAAAUUUGGGAUGGCACAUGUUGACGCUGCCGACAGUUCAGGUGCUCCAACUUGUAUGCACGUUCUCAGUCGCUACAGGGCCGACGUGGCGCCUGAAAAUUUUUACAUUUUAUGCUGCGGAUUGGCGUAUCUCAUGGAGGAGUUUUCCGUCAUAUUUUUCUCUGGUCUCCAUUUCCAUGGAGGUCAUCAACCCAUUUACGUCCAACAACCCAACGAAAUCUACUAUCGCCUAACUCUCAUCGGUUACCCUCCUGGUCAACUAAUUGACGGGGUUGAUAGCGUCGCUUUUGCGGCUGGAGUUAAUGAUACAACUUUUGCCAUCGGUAUUGAAAUGCGAAAUCCAGUGUCGCACAAAUUAUCGAAGACGCCAAUGUGCAAGCAAGCUACAUGGACUGCGGACGGAGGUUCUUUACUUUCUCCUAAGGCUCAUAUCAAUCACUUCAGUCGACUUCUUCUCCAAGCAAUCACGCAUUUUGCCCGUCAGUUGCCUCCGGAAUUGAUUCCACGCGUUGAUAAAUCGUUAGCCAUGAAAAUGGUUUCUGUGGUUAUCGAUAAUAAGAGAGUUACGGCGGAUGAGUGGGAUCUGGGUCCCGGAUGGAGAGGCGAUGAUGUCAAAAUCGGUACCGACUACUCAGGCAUCCUUAGUGGAUUAGGCGUUUCAUCCAUCGAGGAUCUUUCGUCAGAGGAUCUUGCAAGGCUUUGUAACUCGGAUUCUAUGUCCGAAGCACCGUACGGUAACGUUGAACUCCAAGAGGCUGUACAAGAAUGGAAAAAACACAUGGAAAGCUCAGCAAAGUCUAUUCCUUUGUGUGUAACCGCUGGAGACCACGACGAAGAAGCCGUGAUUGGAUUACAGAGCAAAACAGGUUCGCGCAAGGGAGCGGUUAAACGGGCACGGACUAGGGAUGUUUCUGAAAUGGAUUUACAUAUCAAAAAGCGUAGAAAUACAUCACAACAAACCUUGACCUCAAGCAAGGCUCGCCGAAUGAGCCAUCGCAAGGAUCCCGAAAGCGACUCCGGGCCAGAUAUCAAUCUGAACUUCGAAGACAAUCUAUAUGGAGACAGAGAUUCUACGGUCACAAAAUCGAAAGCUUCCAAGAAAAAUGCUGCUCCUAAAGAACGAAUUACCCGGCAUAGCAGUUCGGUAACAUCCCUAGGAACAAGCAAAUUUUUGAAUGCUUUGAGGCCAGAAUGCAUAUCAAAAAUUUUGGCUGCUUUAAAACGCCUCCCAAUCGAUAACACUCCCUCUCAAGGGCAGUCAAAGUGGCUUGACGUGUCUUUGAUAUCUGAAAUUCUCAGUCAGCCUGUGAUUUCAGGUGACAUUCGUAGAGCCUGCGAAUUAUACGCUUCAUACAGCCAGAAGAAGACAAUUUCGAAACUUGAUCUCCAAUUCCAACAAAAGCAGCUUCUCCUUUCCAACGUUCUAUUAUGGGAGUGGUUGGACAGCGUCCUCGAGCAAGCCUAUCGUAGCAAGGACGACAUCUCAAAUGGCUUGGGUGUACUGGUUCGACGGGUUGAAGAAGUUUUGGCUGUACAAACAAAUGCAGAGUUCGACGCCGCUUCCUUUAUCAGCGGGUUUCAACCAAGAGAAUCUGUUUACGUCUACGCUCCUCGAUCUUUUAAGUAUAACACCGUUUCGAAGACCUGCGUUCUGCAAUUUUGUUCGACCAUCCUUGAGCACUGGUUUAACUUUCCGCCUGUUGACUGCCGAUGGACUGCUUGGUUCAUUCGCGAGUUGAUAGAUUAUCUGGGAGAAGAAGUUCUCAUUUUGGAUUGCGCAUGGGAAGCCGGCCUUCACAUCAAUCAACAUGUUCUUUGUCGCAGCAAGAAUGUUGUUAUCAAGCAGGAGCAUAUCAAAGCGUGGUCUAAGACCUAUCUGUCUAAACAUCAUCUUUGCAAGACUAGUCAUUCACAAGAUCGACAACGGCUGGUGACCAUCAACAACUGGGCUACUUCCCAGCUGACUUUACCUCUUUCUGUACACAGCGACUACUUUCGCCUCCUAGCUUCCAUGCCGCCGAAAUCAUCGAAAGCAUAUCAAAACCCGUCCAGGGCCGCCAGGCCUGCAAAACCCCUAAAAGCAAACCCCGACCCUUCCGCCGCGAGGCCUGACAACUCCUCGAAAGCAAACCCCAACCCUUCCACCGGGCCUGAAAACUCUUCGAAAGCAAACCCCUCCGGGGCUGAAAAUUCCUCGGAACCCCACCUACUUUCAAGAGAAGAGCUGAUUAAGCAAUUGGCUCAGAAAGAAAAAGAGUUAGCAGAGAAAGACAAGGUUGUAAAAGACCUGAAAUAUCAAUUAUCUAAAGACCAAGAGGAUGAUAGGCUAAUACCUCGUCCCGUUGGCCAGGCAGGACGCGGUGAGGCCUUUGGUGGCUUUAACCUCGAGCUUGCCAUGGGAUUGACAAAAGAACAUUACUUGCGUCUCAAUCGGAUAGUCAAGCUAGCUGCCUUCCAGUACCUGGAUGUUCGCCAACCGUUUAGACGUCAAUCAAGAGACAAGAUAAGAUGUGCAAAAGAACGCGCUAUUAAAAAUGCCAAGGUCUUUCGCAAAUAUAGUCACGCCUGGCCCAUCGACGAAUUUUUGAAACAGUUUCUUAGCCAUUUUUCUGCAACAGCCACCAAAGAUAUAGAGGAUGAAAAGAACUCACAGGAGAAACCUGACCGAGAAGCCAUCAAGAAAUAUAUUAAGGCGUGUGCAACCAUUCAGGGCGCUCGUCUUGAGGUCCUUAGAGAUGAAGCUGGCGAUGGAACGGCUGCUAAUGACUCUGGGCCCAUUGAAGUAGAGAUGGACAAUAUUAGUUGCAGCUCGGACGACGAGGAAAACUUCAAUAAUGUCUUCAACAACGCGAAAGAUGACGAGGGAUGCUCCAAUGACAAGGAAUGCUCCGACAACGAGGAUUUGGCAGGCAAGUCCAAGGAACACCAUCAAGAAGAUACUACUCGUGAAAAGGCAUCAAAACCCGCGCUGAACAGCAACAGUGCAGAAUCAGCUAAACCUCAAGAUUCUCGCACAAAGACCGGUCGGCAAAAAGAGCGUCACGUCUCCCCUUCAUCAACUCCCAAAUCCAAGCCUCCUCCACGAUCGAUUAUGAAGACCCCUGGAUCUGUAACGCGUAAGGCACGCAAGCUUAAGUUUGUUGAGAGCGAGAGCGAUCAAUCCGAUGAAGAGGACAAAGUCUUAAAUUCAAAAGUGACUGCAAAGGCCAAGGCCAACAAGGGUGUCAAGAAUACAGGCAAAGAGCCGCUUCGUUCUAACUCUGAAAUACAGAAUAAGAAUACUGCCCUUCCUGCAAUUGGUUUGACCGCCUUGCCCAGUCCUGUGCAAGAAGAAGCUUCCACUCUCAAGUUCCACUGGCCAACUGCGAAGUCCAAAGCAGGACGAAAACCCGGUUCUUCCAAGCCUGAAGCUCACAAUGAAGUUGAAAAAGAGAAUCGAGCUCCGGCCCCAGAGCCUCUAAAGGCCUCCACACAGUCUGACCCCAACGCUUCAAAAGAGCGUACGUCUAAAGAGAAAUCAAAGGAGAUUGGCUCUUCCACAGCUACUUUGCCGCGUAAAUUUAACGGUACCGUAAGCAAAGUAGUCAAAUCUUUGCAAUCUAUACAUGAGAUUAAGCGUAUGAAACGCUCGGCUGAAGCAGCGAGUCUUGAGGCUGAGGAACUAGCCAAAAAGAAAGCAAAGAAAAAUGACGGUAAUAACGAGGUAUCACAAUCAACGACUAUUCCGCCCAGCGAAGACGCUACUUCUGAGGAGAACACGACAUCCCAGGCCAAGGCUACAUCCCAGGAGAACGCUACGUCGAAGGCUACGUCCCAGCCAAAGGCUACGUCCCAGGAGAAGGCUACGUCCCAGCCGAAGGCUACGUUCCAGAAGAAUGAGAUCGUAUUGGAUGGCUCGGAUUACCUUUCUAUCAAAUCAUGCCCUCAUCAAGGUUGUUCUAAAUCCGACGACCCCCAUCACACAAUCCCGCCUGAAGAUGAGAUAGAUAUUUCUUUGAAAAUGAUAAUGAAAGAGUAUGCCGUUGCGCGUGCCCAGUUUCGCCUUGCCAACAAUCGCAACCGUCUCAAGGCAGCCCAGAAUAUGUCCUUCAAAAGCCAGCUCCUCUGCAGCCACCUUUAUUUCAGAUCCAAAGAGAGACUGACAAGUUCGCUGGAUGCUGCACGCAGCAAUGGUUGGCCGGUGGCCGAGAUUGAUUAUGACCAGGUAGCCAACCGUAUCGCUGAGCUUCACGUAAAGCACAAUUUCCCUAUGAUAUUCGAAGGCUCCGGCACGGAUUGUGCAAGAUUCGAAACAUCUCUGCCAUGGCGAAGAUUUGUGGGCUUAAUGCUUCUUAAAUGCGAAACCCCAAAAUUAUCAUUCCUAAAUCAACUAGACAAGAGAGCGCCGUAUUGUUAUAAUGUGGCAUCUGCAGGAUACUAUGGUCCUAUUGUGCGUAGUCUGAUUGCAAGCUAUUGGACUCAGCUUGUUGUAGACGGCGAUUUAAACUAUGUUACCGAGUUGCUCGUCGACAGUACGUUUGACAUAGGUUUGUACAGACUCAAAUCUCCGGUGGAACAGAUCUCUGGACAAGAGGACGCUUUGGCAGCAUAUUCGUCAGAGGAUGCAUAUAGGUUUUGGGAUGAAUUCACAAAUUUAUCAGAAUCUGUGCGUAAAAGUCGUGCGUUCAACGCUGAAUCAUUUUUCGACAUGGUCAUGGUCCCCCACGUUGUCAACCUGCUUAUUAUGGAAGAUAUGAACUGUGCCUACGAUGACGCCGACAAAAUUCGGAGGGAAAGUGCAUCAUUUGGGAAGUUGUAUCACGGUCAUCUUGACGAUAAUGAUGAGAUGAAUUCCGUGGAUAACUUUCUACAUCAAGCCCCAAUAGAGCAAGUACAACCGAGGUGCCAUACUCCUCAGCCAUCAUGCCCUAUUCCUCAAACUCCGCUCCGAGCAGCGGGGGGCAGUAAUUCAUUACAAGCCAUGCAGGCGCAGGCGGAAAAUCAGCUUACAUCAAAACCCCCACGCCUCCAGCGAAAAACUCCCUGCAAGCCAGCAUUCAAUUCUGCAUAUUUGUAUGGCGAGCUUUCUACUAUUACUGAAAUCUCAAUGGAUGACGAGAAUCUCCCCUCAAAAAGCAAUAACACCCCGAACAAAAACUCAUCAACAACGGUCAAUAAUGAAACUCAAACUGAUCCUGCAAACCCUUCUACGGAACCCAGCACCAGCCCAAAUGCCCGCAAUGGAGGUGUUUUGGCUGACAAUUUGUCAAAACCGGUUGACGAGAAGGCUGGAAAAAAACGUAAGAGAUGGGCUGCGGAUCCUAACGAGGGCGAAAAGGAGAACUUGGUCUGUCCGUCAGAAGCAUACCACUUGAAGAAGGAAGAAAGGGCUGAAUACGCCGCCGCUACUGUAUGCACUGACGUCGGUGGCAGUCUUUCUUAUUAG